UUCAUCAUCAUCACAAGGUCAUCUUGCUUGGCUUCUCGGUUCUGAUUAUUAUCAUCUUUCUUUUUGCUGCUAUAUUCAUUGGCAGCCGAUCCACAAGUUUGUGUAAAAUUAUAGUGUAUCGGUUUGUUGUAGUUUAAUUGGAUUUAAUGUUUUCUUCUUCGGGUGGGUGUUAAUGUUGAAAAGAAUUAUUUGAUCAGAGCCUCUUAUAAUGGUUCAAUUUAGUCGUAAUUACGCAAAGUUAAGUGUAAGGUAAGGUCGGUUUCUUUGAAGGUAAUUUUAGGGUAAUUGUUUAUUAUUUCGAUAGAUUCAUAAAAGCAAUGCUUUUUGUUGCUUCGCUCUGUUGAGGUUCUGAUAUGUAGCCAAAGCGGGCCCUUUUUCUCUCUUUCGCUUCCUUAAAGAGAUACAAUCUUCCCCUUGCACUUAUCAGUACACAGAAAACCCUAUUUUUUUACUAUCCAUUUUUCUCUCUCUACAUCUAUCUGCCUCAAAAUAUAAAAGCAGUACUACUCAAAAGGGUUUUCAAGUUGCAUUUUUUUAAAGUUUAUUUAGGAAAAAAAGGAAAAAAAAGAAAGAGAAAUGGUAUUUGAUAUGAAAGGUGUACAACAACAGUUGCGUGGUGAAGAUCUGCAUGCAGGCUAUAGAAAUGAAGCAAAUCCUUCAGGGGUUGAUGCUGUUGAGGCGGAAAGAGUGACGACCAUGGGUACAGAAGAAAGAGAGAUCUGGCUUGAUCGACAGCAACACGAUCACUUGCUUGAUGUUAACGCUGCUUCAAUUUUCUAUGAUGAUUUCCCUCCUCUUCCUGAUUUUCCUUGCAUGUCGUCUUCUUCGUCGACCCCGGCACCUGUCAAGGCCAUUGCAUGUUCGUCUUCUGCUUCUACUGCAUCGUCUUCUUCUUCCGCGGCUUCUUGGGCAGUUUUGAAGUCGGAUGCAGCUGAAGAGGCAAAGAGAAAGAAUAAUGGUCAUGGUCAUCAUCAUCAUCAUCAUAAUCAUAAUCAUCAACACCAUAAUCAGCAUGAUCUGGUGGAUGGAACAACUGCAACGUUAUCUUCCACCGCCUCCAUGGAGAUUCCUCAGCCGCCAGAUCAUAAUGUUAUGGAUGGUGUUGAUUGCAUGGAUGUUAUGGAGAAUUUUGGGUACAUGGAUCUGCCUGAUGACAAAGAUUUUUUCGAUCCUUCUAUAUUUCACCAUGAUAAUACUGGUCUAGAAGACUUUCAACAAGAGCAGAAGCCACAGGAACAGUCACAACAGCUGGAUCAAGAAGUAUCAAUGAUAUGUAGCAAAAAUGAAGAUCCGACCCAAGAGCAGAAAGCUUCAGAUAAUUUAGCCAUGGUUUUCUUGGAGUGGCUCAAGACUAACAAAGAGACUGUCUCAGCAGAGGACUUGAGGAGAGUUAAAAUCAGGAAAGCUACCAUAGAGUGUGCCGCCAGGCGUUUGGGUGGAGGAAAAGAGGCCAUGAAGCAGUUGUUGAAGCUUAUUCUUGAAUGGGUUCAAACUAAUCAUCUUCAAAAACGGCGCAUCAAAGAACCAGCUGCCAGUAAUAACAUUGAUCUUCCCUACCAAUGCCAAGACCCCUUCCAAAACCCUAACCCUAAUCCAAAACCUAGCUCGAACCCAAACCUCAAUUGCAAUUCUGUUCCACCGUCUGAACCGAAUUCUUGUUUCCCUUUGCCACCCUGGAUUCCACAACCAGCAUAUGUAUCUGAUCCGACGGCAGCGGAGGUAGUAGGUUUUGCACCAGUGGUUGGCUAUAUGGCCGACCCAUUUGCCAAUGGAGCUUCUAAUGUUACUAGCCAUCCUUACCAGCCUCCAACAGAUUAUCAAAUGCUGGACUCGGCUCAAACAAGGGCAGCUUCACAAUUUGCUUUGGCUUCUCAAUACAACUUAUUUCCAGACAAUAAUCUGCGUCCAGCUCCACCUCAGCCAUCUGCUUUUCCGGGGUAUGGGAAUCAAUAUCCGUAUCAAUAUGUUUACGGCCAUGAUAAUGAUCAAAGGUUAGUAAGGUUGGGCUCAUCUGCUACUAAAGAGGCAAGAAAGAAGAGGAUGGCUAGGCACAGAAGGUUUUCUUCACACCAUAGAAAUCACAAUCAUCAUAAUAAUCAACAAAGCCAACUCCAAAAUCAGAGUGUUGACCAAUAUGCAAGGCUUGUGAACGAUAGCUGUGUGCCGGCAGCCCAAGCCAACCUCAGAAACUGGGUCUAUUGGCCAUCGGUUGCAGACGGUGUAGCUUCAAGCCCUCCGGUUCUGCCUGGUGAAGUUGCUUUGGUACAUCCUGUGGAUCGACCAGCCAUGCAAGGGCAGACUUAUCAGCGGCCGGUGGCAUCGGAUAGAAGACAGGGAUGGAAACCUGAAAAGAAUUUGCGGUUUCUUUUGCAAAAAGUGUUGAAGCAGAGCGAUGUGGGAAAUCUCGGAAGAAUUGUGCUUCCAAAGAAAGAAGCAGAAACUCAUCUCCCAGAACUAGAAGCAAGAGAUGGGAUCACCAUUGCCAUGGAAGACAUAGGAACAUCUCGUAUUUGGAACAUGCGCUAUAGAUUCUGGCCAAACAAUAAAAGCAGGAUGUAUCUUCUUGAAAAUACAGGAGAUUUCGUGAGAACAAAUGGGCUCCAAGAAGGAGAUUUUAUAGUCAUAUACUCAGAUGUGAAAUGUGCUAAAUAUUUGAUACGAGGAGUUAAGGUACGGCAACCAGGACCAAAAUUGGAGACUAAGAGAUCAGGAAAAUCGCAGAAAAACCAGCAUGCAAAUUCUCCAGUUGCUGUCAUUAAUGGUUCGUCAUCACCCAUCACACAAACAGUAAACUAAUGGGAAAUUUUAAUAAGAGAAAAGAAAAAAUAAAAAAAACAAAGAGGGUGCAUACCUCAACAAACCAUUGCCACAUUUCCUUCAUGCAUGAGAAGGAAUGGACAAAUGGACGGUAAAAGAUCAUCUUUUGUGACACUUUAUUUGAUUCUCUGCCCCCUUCAUUGGUUUCACAGUCAAAUGCUAGUGUUGGAAUCCCAACUGCCGAGACAAUUAAGGAGUUUUGGAGACAGAAUAGGUCAGGAAAAUAUGC